CUUUAAAGCUAAAGAAAUAGUAAAUAAUUACUGUUUCUAUCUGAUUUUCUAUAUAAGUCUCAAAAAUCCAAAUCUAUUUUUUUUUUAUCAUUUUCGAAUUAUUUUUUCUUUUCUUAAUAAUCAACACUAAGUUAAAAUGUGUAAAUUCGGUCUUGAAGAAAAUAAUCGUAUCAGACAUUCCGUGAGAAUGUAUGGACAUCUUGAUGAUUGUUUUAUAAGGAUAAGCAAAAUAUUGCCACAAUACACACCAAAACAAAUCGAAAAUCAUUAUAAAAAAUAUCUUGAUGAGGAGGCCCCACCAAUUAAUUAUGAACGUAUUCUUGAAACAUACGAAAAGCUUCAAGCGAUAAAUAUUAAAAAUGAACGAUUGCGGAAAUUGGUAUUUAUUUGUCAAGAAUUUUAUUUUUCACUGAAAAAGUCCGUAGAACAGAAAAUUUACAUUCACAUUUAG